UGUUCAGCGUGCGUCGUGGUGCGUGCGCAUGCAGCUGCUCAGGACGUCUCGCUUUCGGCUCCAACUCUCUUUCUGUAGUUUCCAGCGGUUUUAUCAGAAAGAUUCAAGAAUGUCAGAGGAACUGCGAGCCGAGCUGGAGAAGUAUCUGCAGAGUCUGAACAUCCAGACCAACUGUGUGGAGCACCCGCCGGUGUUCACUGUGGAGGAGAUGAUGCCUCACCUUCAGGGAGUGACUGGGGCCGUGUCCAAGAACCUCUUCCUGAAGGACAAGAAGAAGAAAAGUCUGUGGCUGGUGUCUGCGAGGCACGAUCGCCAGGUGAACCUCAAUGACCUUGCGAAGAAGCUGGGAGUAGGCAGUGGGAAUUUGCGCUUUGCAGACGAAGCAGUCAUGGUGGAAAAACUCAAGGUGGGUCAGGGCUGUGCCACAGCUCUUUCUCUCCUGUUUGACAAAGACCAGAGUGUGAAGUUUGUCCUGGACAGUGACCUGGUCGAGGGGGGGCACGACAUGGUCUACUUCCACCCUAUGACCAAUGCUGCCAGCAUGGGCCUGAAGCCAGACGACCUGCUCCUCUUCCUCAAGGAGACUGGACACGAGCCCAUCCUGCACAAAUUCGAGUAGGAACAGACUCUCACGGGAAACUAAACAACCACACGGUGUAAAAAGGACACUCUCAUCUGACCACAGCUGGAGAUGAAGGACAAUCUGCAGCUCUGAAAUACACACAAACUUCAGUGAAAACUGUUUGGCUAUUUGGCCACUUAAGCAUUUAUUUACAAGCUAAAAAUAUUUUUUUUUAUCUUAUUUAUGUUUUUACUACACUAAAUAAAUACAUCAAGAUCAAUAAGUCAUCCCUUAUUUUAACAUAUUUUGAAAUGUAAGGCUUUGCACAUAAACAUUCUGAUAUCAUUUGUGUGGGUUUUUAAUUUUUUAAUUAAAGCUGUUUUAUGAUUCCAAUUGGAAAAGGCAAUGACACGUUAUUCUGAACAAAAACUUUAUCUUGUUCUUUCUCAUUAUAAAUUGCAAAGCUAAAACCGGUUCUCCUUUCAGAGGACUGUUGCACUAAGCCCAAAGAGCCACUAGAUGGCGGAGUAGAACGACAAUAAUGACCACUGUAAGCGGCUGUACGCUGUCUGCCGGGAACACGGGGCAUAGUGAAAUGCUUUUUAGUUAUAAUUUGACUCUC